AUUUUCUGUUAUCAGUCCAUGCAAACCCGUGGAAGUUAACAAUAAACAGUACAAACACUAUAUACAAACUACAAACUGCAAAUUACAUAAUAUACCUAUCAUCUUUUAUUCAGGAAAAUCUUUGAUCUAAUCAUAGUGCAUAUUUUGGCCAAGAAACUGUCAUUAUAGGAGGAGAUAAAUGCCUCAAUGGCUAUGACCAAGAACGAAAAGAUUUUGAUUUAUCAAUAAUUGCAGUCAGUGCCAAACUAAUUAUUCAAAGUUUUUAAAACAAGUAUAACUUAUCAUUUUAUAAGUUCACAAUAAUGACUACGGAUAAGUCAUUAGCCAAGGAGAUAUUUUUUCAUUCAUGCAUAAAUGGUGACUUGAAUACAAUUAAAAUUAACUUGUUUCAUAACGUAUCACCAUUCAGCCUUGAUAAGUUUGGAAACAAUGCUUUGCACCUAGCUUCUAUGAAUAAUCAACCAAAAGUAUUGGAAUAUUUACUAAAGACUGUCAAAACGUAUAAAAGUAACUUUCAGAAUAAAAUUGGACGUACUGCUUUAAAUAUUGCAGCUGCUCAAGGUGCAUAUGAGUGCAUUGAAGUUUUAUUGAACAAUUUUCACUGUGAUAUCAAUUCUACAGACAAGAUUUUUCACAAUAGUCCAUUACACUGGUGUGUUACAAGCAAAUGUAUCAAAGGUGUUAAAAAGUUAUUAGAUGAGGGAGCUGAUUUUACUUCUGUAAACAAGUUUGGUAAAACCCCUUUACAACUUGCCAAAAUAACAUGUCUGGACAUUUUUCAAUUAAUAGAUAAUUUUAUCAAAAAUAAAAAUAAGGACCAAUGUUUACAGACAAAUCCACAGAUUAAUAAUAAUAUUAGAACAAAAAUGAAAACUAUCUCAAAUUCAUCACAAUUUAAAAUAACUAAUGAUGAAUCAAAAUCUAAUUCAAAAAUAUUUGAUAAGAUUGUUGAUCAGCAAAGUGGUAAUUGUGAAACAAUAUUAGAUCCUGAUUUGGCAUCUAAUAAUGGAGAUGAAUCAUUUUAUCUAGAUAUUUCAAAAUUAAAACAUGGCGAUAAUUCCGUUUUAAAAUUACUGGAAAAAUCUAUCGAACCAGUAGACGAAACCUCUUUUGUAUCAUCUAUUUUAAGUAGCGGAAAAGUUAUUCAGUUGACUGAAGCUGGUAUACUUGCUUUAGAAUACACCAAAAAUGAAAUAAAUACUCCAAUUCCUGAUCGUCUUGUUCAAAGUUUCUUGAAUACAUCUCAACAGUAUAAUAAAAAUAAAAAUCAUAUUGACAAUGAUAAUAUUGAAAAAGAUACUGAAUUAAGCUCCAAAACACUCGCCAGAGGAGUAAAACGACUGAAAAGUCCACAACCGUGCUCUAAAAAAUUUAAAUAUACUGAAAGUACUAAAAUUACAGAGUUUGAAAGUUUAUUAGAUCAAUUGAGUUCUAACUGUACUAAAACUGUGCCCAGAGUUUAUAAUUCAAGUUCCUAUUGCUCGCAAAAUUUGUCUACUGCAGAAAGUAGUACAAUGAGAAAUAAUAAAGUUUGCAAAAAUCAAUUAGUAUGUGUAAACUCUGACAUGAAUGCACAACCCAAGUGGGUAGAUGAUCUGAUGUGUUUAUUGCAUAAAUUAGAGAAUUCGGAUACAGUGGAACAUAAAAUAAUUGAUCUUGCUUGAUGAGCAUUAUCAUUUUUUAUUUGUGAAAAAAUGAUCGCUUGUCUAAAAAGUAAGACUUAGGUUCUAAAAACCGGCUCAGUACAUCUAUACAUUGUUUGUUAUUUAUUUUCAAAAAUGGUUUUAGGUUCUAUGUAUUUUAUUUUAUUUGAGUUGUUCAA